AUGGAAAAGGAGCAAGUUGGUGGAGACUACACUUUCAAUUUGGAGCUGGUCCAGAAGCAGUUGGGCAGCAACAGUAUGUCAACCUUGGAGAAAAUAUCGCUCAUCAAAAAUUUGGUAAUCACCGGGUUCCAUGGCUCAAAAACAUUAAAAGGAAAGAUAUACUUUGUGGCUUCCUUCCUCGAGCUCACAACGACACACCAGUCCCUCGGCUGGCAACUUUCGGAUUCAGAGACAGAGACAAAGACAGACAAACAUAAACGCGCACACUAUGAUGAAAUAUUUCGCAUGUUUGCCCUCCAGUCCAUUGGAAUGAAAAAUGCCGAAGUGUACUUUGGGAAGUUGUUUGAAGUGGUGGAAGUGCAUUCCGAUUUGGAAACUUCCUCUGCUUUUAUGAGGAAAAUGAUGGGCACGGUGUUGGAAGAAGCACCGUAUCUAGUUUAUGCUAUGUUUCGAUCCAAAUCCUGGCAGAUCAAAAGCCGGCACCUUAACCGUUCGGCAGUGUUGAAUCUGUGCGAUUUGACGUAUGUGUUGAAAGCAUGCGCCAAAUUCGAUGAAAAUAAAAUUUACCAAUUGUAUACCGAGAAUCAGGAUUUGCACAACGAUGAAUCCCAACAGGAGGUUUUUCUCAGUUUGUGUGUACGCCAUAAGGACUGGACAGCUUUGCAGCAACGAUUUGAAAGCAUGUUUGAUGAGGGAAAUUCUCCCAACACUAUACACUACGGUAUCACGAUGCAAGCUUUAGAGUACCUAGAAGCAGAUGGCGAGUUGGAACGAUUGUAUGAGCAAAUGCUAAACAGUGGCAUCGAAAUUGGCGCCACCAUCUUUGACGCUAGAAUCAAGUCGAGCUUGAGACGAAAGGAUUAUGAGAGUAUGCCAAGGUUAUUCAACGAGUACAUCAAAUUGACCAAAGAGGGUAAAGCAGACCCAGAUGGUGUAGCACUGCUUUUCCCGCUUUCAAUGAGGGGCCACAUGGACAAUCAGGACUUCAAAGCGAUUUUGUUGGCCGUUGAAGCAUAUUAUGAAAUGGAACUGGAACUGGACUGCGAUUUCAAGAUAAUUCCAGAGCAGUUCAUUUCAGAGCUCUUGGUGUUUUUUGCAGAAAAUCUUGCCGUGCAGGAAUUCCAUCAACUUCAAGACUUGGUUCUUCGAUAUCGCAAAAAGUGCAGUGCCUAUUAUCAAGGUCUAGUCCACGGGUAUUCGAUAUUGGGACAAUUCAGGAGAGCCGAAGGGUUGGCAUUUUACGCUCACGGGAAAACCGCAGUGCCAUUUUCUGACUUUGGCAUUUAUUCGGCGCAAUUAUCCAACUAUCGGCGCUGGUACGAACUGCGUGUCAUGGAGAGCAGAGACCAAAAUUACAUUUAUUCCAUGAUAAACUACAUUUCCAACAAGCUAACACACCGCGAGUUCUUUGUCUAUCAUCCACCACAAUCAAAUGGAGGCUCACUGUUUUUGGUCGAUGCGUUGCAGGAACUACUCAAGACAGCAACUCGUGCCAUUCGCAAGAUCCAAGUGCAAAAUUUGCGCAAGACCCCUCGCAUGAAAUCGUUUGAAGAGAUUGUGGAGAGGCAAAAGGCACAACAUCUCAAUCUCGACGAGACACUGUACAUUCCCAUUUUGCAGUCUUAUCUAACUUAUGAGGAUUUCCAACCCUUAAAAGUGAUUCAGGUGAUUGAAGAAAUGACUAAAUCCGGGAUUACAAUCACCGCUGUGUCUUACAAGUACUUGAUUUCAGCUAUGGUUGCAUUUGAUACGUCCCUUAAUCAGUCGUUUGAAAACUCGACCAGAUUGCUCAAACGGAUUUUAGAAGCGUACGGGGUGUACAAAGGCCCCGGUGAGAUCGGGCUAGAUUUCCGUAAAGACGCAGUGGAGAUUUCCGAAGUUAUCUUACACUAUGCCCUUGAAGCUGAUAAAAACACAGCACAAGUUGUCUUGGCCGACUUUCACCUGUUUUGCACACAAAUUUUUGGCAGCAAGUUGCCCUUGCAAUUGGAGAUCAGGCUAGACAAAGCCUAUAAGCAUUUGUGCAAAAAUAGCGACCCUGAAAAGUAUGAAAAGUUGGUUCAUGAGAGUUUUACGCGAUAUGCCAUGCUUUUGACCGAGAGUUUCCAAAAGAAUUCCAACGAAGGGGACGAAGUCAAGACGGUAGUAUCGCCGCCGCCGCCGCCGCCCCUGCUAAGUGCUGCAGCUGGCGAUUCCACUUUUGAUUUAGUCAGGUACCUUGUGCCACUCCAACGGUUUGAUCUUCCUGUGCAGAAGCUGGUGGCGAAAGCUUUGCUGAGUGGUGCAGUUUUGAGUCGAGCAGGCUACAACUAUGUAUUUAGAUUCUUGUUGCAUUACCGCCAAUUGCCCCUUGAAGACUUGCUCGAAAUUGCCGAGAAGUAUUUGCUCCAGGGCACCCUCAACCAAAUGGCUUUAUUUCGACAAAAGAGAAUUUGUUACCAAUUGUGUUUGAUACACCUUGCUGAAAAAUAUGGCGAUGAGGAAGUCGAGCAAAGCUAUCGAAUCCUUUCUGAAUUCUAUGACGUUGAAUCUGUGGAGUCGGCAAGGAACGAGAUUGUAAAGUUGGAAAAUUUGCACAAUUUUUACAGAAGUGAGUCGGGGAGGUUGUUCAAUAUCCGCUUAGACGAUUAUGAUUCUAGAACCAUGAACCAGCACCAGUUUAUCAAUUUUUUCAACCCGAUCGAGCUAUACACUACAGCGGUGAAAAUGCUGGAACGGAGAUUUCGAAUGUUGUAUUCAACUUGGCAGAAACACCCCCAGCUGGAAGAAUUGAGGCAACAGUUCCCCAAGUGGGAUAAAUACAUUCGCAUGACUAAACUCCACGGGAAAUUCUUUGACAAUAUCAGCGAGUUUAAUCGCCAGAUUGAUCUAUUGAAUCCGCCAAAGCGUCCUUUUACCGAGUUGAGACCUAGAAGAACAAAAGACGUGUUGCUUGAAAUCCUCCAUCAUAGUAAUGAGAACCGAAUAUUCCUAACGGCAGAUGCCACAGAAGAAACGGAACUUCUACGGCGACUCAAGGAAACAAAAACAGGAAAGGGGGGGGCUAGAGGUGAAGCCAACACAGAGUGA